AUGUGCAACUAUCCCAAGGCAGGUUAUGAAGAGGUGUUAGAUAAGCUUGUGAAGUAUUGUCAAGGACAUCCGUUGGCUCUCGAAAUCUUGGGAAAGUCUCUACAUAAUCGGGAUGUGGCGUACUGGGAAGGUUUCAUGGAAGGACUAAAGAAAGAAAUUAGUUCCCCUAUAAAUAAUGUCUUGAGAAUGAGUUUUGACUCUUUACCAUCCGACAACGAUAAGGACUUGUUUAAGCAUAUUGCUUGUUUUUUUGUUGGAAUAGAUAGAGAAGUUAGCGAAACAAUAUUAGAAGCAUGUGAUAUAAACAUAAGAUCCGGAAUCACGAAUCUCCUUGACAAAUGUCUUCUUAGUAUUGGAUGGAAUAAUGAAUUGAUGAUGCAUCAGUUGGUUCAAGAGAUGGGAAGAUUUGAAGUAAGUCAAGAAUCACUUAACAAGCCAUGGAAAAGAAGUCGAUUGUGGUGUCAUAAAGAGUCAUUCAAAGUAUUGAAACAUAAAAAGGGUAAGGGAAAUCUUCUAGGCCUUUCCCUUGACAUGCGCAUGCUUGAGAAAGAGAAGUUGGGAGGAUCAUUUGAGUUGAAAACGGAUGCAUUGAGUAACAUGGAUAGUCUUAUGCUACUACAACUUAAUUAUGUUCACAUGCAUGGGUCUUAUGAGAACUUUCCAGAAGAAAUAAGAUGGUUGUGUAUGCAUGGGUUUCCUUUAAAGUCUAUACCUUUAGACUUACCUAUAGAUAAUCUUGUUGCUCUUGACAUGUCAUAUAGCAAUAUUGAAUCAUUUGUCGGUUGGUAUAGUAAUCCUCAAAGACUUGAGAAGAGGCAAAAGGUGGAUGGAUCGUGCUUAAAAGAGAAAAGGUUGUUUGGUUCACUAAAGAUUCUAAACUUAAGUUUCUGCAAACAACUUCAUAGUGUUGGUGACUUUGACCAACUCCCUACACUUGAGAGGUUAAUACUUAGAAAUUGCAUCGGGUUGCAUGAUGUUUGUGAAUCAAUUGGGCAAGGUGUUGAACUUGUCCUCAUCGAUCUGAGCUAUUGCAGGAAGCUUGAAAAACUUCCAAGAAGUAUAUGCUUGUUAAAGAAGGUUAAAACAGUGUUGCUAGAUGGUUGUAAUCUUGGUGAAUCUCAAAUCAAGAAUAUGGAAUUGGAUUCAUUGGAAAUGUGCAUGGUUAACACCACUGACAUAAACAGAAGAACCUCUUUCUCUGCAUUUAUGGGUGCUAUACCAAGUGAUUUGAAGUCAUUUUCAAUGUCUUUGCCAAGAUCUUUAGUAAGGUUAUCACUUGCAAAUAAUAAUUUGUCCCAUGAAACCUUUCCCAUGGACUUUAGUUGCCUAUCCAUGUUAAAGCAUUUAUAUUUAGAUGAAAACCCUAUCAGUUCCAUGCCCAAUUGUGUGAGAACCCUUCCUAGACUUGAGAUACUUACCAUGGAAAAAGUUGUAUUUGAUCCAGAUAUGUCCCCACUCCAGUUAUCAAUAAACUGGUCAGAUUACGCAUCUUGGAUAGAUUGCACACCUUGGUUAUAUGAAAUUCAAGGCAUGGUCAAAAUCCAACCAAUGGUGACUGUCGAGGAAAAGGUAUUACAUAGCUUGGGCUGGACAAACUUUGACUUCCAUAACUACAGGCGUGCGGGAAGUAAUUCUUCAUUGAAACACGGAAUCCAGUUGUUUUAUGAAUUUGGAAUAUUCAGCACAAAGUACGAGGAGGAGGAGAUGCCGAGUUGGUUUACAAAUAGAAGCGUUGGGCCAUCAAUAUCAUUUACCAUCCCAUCAUCAUCUCCAAACAAACUUAGAGGAAUCAAUUUAUGCUCUAUGCAGAGAUUGCGAGGUUCGGAUGAGAGGUCUCCAUAUGUAUUUGGUCAAUUCCCUAAAGAGCCAAUGAUGACAAUCAGUAAUAUAACAAAAAACCGCAUGUGGAUAUACGAACGUCACAAGGACUCAACUUCUACAAUGUGUUACAUUUUGUUAAGUCAUUGGAUGUUUGGGAUGAACGAGAUGGAGGCUGGAGACCAUGUUACUAUUACUGUUACAGCACCAGCUGAUGAACUUGUAAAGGAGUGUGGGGUGAGUCUUGUGUAUGAUGAUGGACAAGAAGAAGGAGAAGAAGAUGCAUUGGAUUAUUACAAGUCAUGGAAUCACAUAAUUGGUGGAGAUCUCUCUCCUUUUCAAACAGAAACAGGACAAUAUAUCCUACACAACUGGAGAUUUUUACGGCCUGGACAAGACAAAGUGUGGUUUAGAGCUUUAUCCCCAAGGAAUCCUGGCAUACUUGUUCGUGAAUGUGAAAUUGUCACAUGGAUUGGUAAUAGAAGAAAGGUUUUAGAACGAGAAAGAAGGAGAGAGGAGAAAUAUUUUGGGAUGAAUGGGUUUUUAUUUAUUCUUUGGUUCUUGUCUUUGUUACUUCUCCAAGAGAAAAAGCUUGGGGUGGGGAUGCACAAGAAAUCGAUAUAA